ACCCUUCUGUCUCACUGUCAGCAAAUAUACGAUAGAUACCUUCAGAAAAGCUUCCCCGAACGAUCACACCCUGUUCAUAAACUUAUUAAAGAGGGUUUGCAUCCUGCUGAGUUGCGAUUUGCGUUUUGAUUUGAAGGGAAAUAUCUCUUAAUUCCACCUUUUAAUGAGUUGGAUUUUAUCAACUGAUUCCGUCUUUGAUAUAGGGUUACAGCAACUGAUAACCAGUACCGAAGGAUAGUCAUCAUUCACAUGACGGAAACAGAAAAACACGCUAUAUAGCAAGACCCGCCAACUCAUAAACUACAAAAACGUACACCCUCUACCGCAGUUACAACUGAACGCGCCUGAAUGAAAUAAAGCAGGGAUCUUGGAAACGUUUGAUGCUGUUUGAUAGAAUGCAUAUCCGUUAGAAAUUGGAAUUGACAAGGAACGAACCCUCAAAAUAGCAUCAAUCACUAUUUUUUGAAAAAAGUUUAAAAAGAUAGAGUUUUACGAUAACGUUGAAACAGAAACCGUGGAUAUGACGCAUUUUCUGUAGAUGCUAUGACUUGAGGUGACCCCGCUGUUUGGUUUAUCUGAGCUGUUUUUGGAGCCCUUAUGACUUAUUAAUAUGAGAGGAAGAUGUAAGAUGAUAAAAGAUCAAUCUCUAUCAAUGCUGCCAAUAUAAAAAAUACUGUAGUCAAUCAUAAAUCAGCUGGAAGCAGUAAUCUGUGACGUCAGAAAAUGGAAAAUAUUCAAUGAUAUUUCUAUCCUCCAUACUACUGAACUGCAAAAAUGUGCCAAAUUCAGUGUUCAAAACGCUAACUGAAAUAAUCAUAUCUGAGUAAUAUUCUUGGUAGGACAUCUGUGGAAGCCAUGGCGACCAACAAUAAAUUGAUGCAAGAAAUUAGUGACCAAUUUCUACACUGUAAAAUAUGUUUGGAACCCUACAAAAGUCCAAAAACACUGACAUGUCUACACACAUUCUGUACCGACUGUAUACAACAGCACGUGGAUUCGGAAAACACGCGCUCUCGGUAUUCCCUAUACAACCGCCAUGUUACAUGUCCUCUCUGUCGCAAGCGGACGGAAAUACCGACAGGUGGCGUGAGACGUCUACCUGACAACUUUCUGUUGGCUAACCUUACGGAAGUGAUUGACAGGCGGCAGCCAUUGAAAAUACCACCGUGUGAGAUUUGUCACACCGUUAGAAGUAACGAUGCUUGUUCCAAGUGUCUUGAUUGUUCCAAGUUGUUGUGCAAAGCGUGUGUUGAUUUGCACUUGACAACAAAGGUGACUCAACAUCAUAGCCUUAUUGACGUUGAAGGCGAGAAAGACAUCGAGUGCAAGGUCCACCCCGAUGAAAUUGUUAGAUUCUACUGCGAGCCCUGCGAUGCUUGUAUAUGUGUUGUGUGUACUUUUCAAGAACAUCGAGACCAUGAAAUAUGUUCAUUCAGCGAAGGAUACUCAAAGUAUAAAUCUUCCCUAGAGUCCUUGUUAAAUAACUGCAAAAGCAGAUUUGAUGUUGUCCAAGAACGCAUAAACGUGAUGAAUCAGUGCGAGACAAUAUUAAAAGAGACCAGAGACAAUAUUCGGGACUUAGCUAUCAGCUACAUUCAACAGGUCCGAAGUACUGAAAAAGAAUUAUUAAAAGAAGUUGAUUCGUAUUUUGGGGAGAAUAUCAUGGCCUUUCUAGAAAAUAAAGAUUGGCUGCAAGAAAAUUUGGAUGGACUUCAAAAUGCUUGCAACUUGACAGAUAUCAUUAUGAGAGACAAAGGGGUAGAAAUGUUGCUCUUAAAGAAAGAGAUGCAAAAUAAAUUAAUGUCUCUAAUGCAGCCAACUCUCCCAGAUCUACCCGAAGAUGUAAUGAAUUUUACGACCAAGAUUAAGUUUAUUCCAGGUGGUGUCAAAUUUGGAAAGCUGACCAUUAACGAAAAUGCAGAUGAAAAUGAAAAUUCAGAAUAUUCAAUCAACCUUCAGAAAAAUUCCUUUGGAUGUCAAACGGACGACUAUUUCAGCGACGAUUGGACUAAAAGCUCGAAAGAAAACAGUAUUCAAAGCUAUUCGGAAUCAGGAUCUGUGGUCUCGGAAAUGGAAAUCAGUUACACGUCAGAGGUGGCAAACUACCUUGGCAACAGGGUAGACUCACAAGCUAGUCUCCGAUCCCUAACUCCAAUACCGACUGUUGACGCCUGCAUGCAAACUUUCUCAGAUGUCGGAUGCAAAGGGUCCGGUAUUUGUAUAAAGUGCUGCCAAGAUCUACAGUCUGAGGUUAAUAUUGCAGCCUCGAACUAUAACACCGCUCCGUGCGUCCAAGAUGUUAUUGUACUGGAUGCACCAGAGUCAAAUCCGAAAGAGUGGCGAAGAAGGAGACGUAGCUUAAUUCGAAGCAGGAGAGUACAAACCGAUCUUUCUAUGUCAAAUGAGAGCGUAGACGAAUUAAGCCUCUCUGUUCCGAAUCUGCGCAAUAUUCCUGAGAGAAGUCUUUCUUGUGGGUCUGUACCGAUAAUCAAACCAGAGACCAAGACAAUUGCACUUGAUCCCAUCAUCUUUGAAACCAUAGAGGAGAAAAUACCAAAGAAAAGUACACGGGAUACGACUACUAUGACAACUGUGGAAAUGAAGCCAGUUGUCCCAACACGAAAUGCCGUUACGUGUACAUAUCAGGUUCGAACUCGAGAUUCUGAAAUACAAACCAAAGUAGAAAGCAGAACAUCGGAUACACAAACACCAAAAGUAACUCAAAUUACGAAAAAUGUAGGAACGGAUUAUGCAGGACAGACUGACAAAGGUACAUCAACUGUUAAAAUCAACUUUAUGGAUAGUGAAACGUCUAUGCCAACAAUUUCAUUCACUACCGCUGAGACUUGGACGGAUCCACCGUCAACUACAGAAAGAUCAACUUUCACUGUUAGUUGUGAAAUGAUAGACAGUGGCACCGAAAUGACACCUGUGUCUGUAACAGACCAGGGCCUUCAAGUUACACCAAAUCAAAGAGAUGUAAACACUUCCACGAUGCCUACAAAUGUUGCCAGCUCUUGCAUUCAAACUGACCAAUGGGAACCAAAUCAGACAGGGUCGAGCGAAAACAGAAAAUCGUGGCAUGGGGGUUUGCUAAAGCUAUUUAAAGGAAAAGGAUCUUCAGAUAGCCGCGGAUCCAUUGACAAACUCUCUAGUCAAUCGAGUUUGACCGAGAUGCUUCCUCCUCUAAGCCCAACUAUGGUAGAAUCGAGUACAGAAACCUGUUCUUUGCAAUUUUCUGAUAAAGAAACAAGCACCACUAAGGUGACAAGUACUGACCAAUGGACUGAAACUUUUAAUCCUGUUCUUGUCAACACAGGUAUAUCACCUCCUCGACCAGCAACUAUUGAUUCGUGUGUUGAAACAAACCCGGUGGUUUUGAUGGACCAAGCGACACACACAGAAAUAGUCAAAUUUAAAGAUUCAACCACAGAAACAACGAUUAUUGUCCAGGAUAAUGAAACUUUAACAGAAAGAUUGAAAUGCCAAGACGCCCAGACAUUCGUUGAGAUGGUUACCGAAACCAAAGAAACCAACACUGACGUUAAACUGUUUUCGGAUGCAGGCAUAGGUACAUCGGACACUCUCUCGCAUUGCAAUUCGUUGAACGAUGUGUAUGGUGGACGAGUAUUAACCCCAGUGCAUAAGUCAACAAAUGUUAGUUUAGAGGACUUUGUAAAAAGGGUGGAUAUGGCCACAAAUCCCUCACCUCCAGAUGUUCAGGAACGUGGAACAAUGGCUAUGUCAUUUGGCCAGUCUUCGAUGACGUUUACAGAAAUCUCAACACAAACGUCAAUGAUUAACCUUUUUGACAAAUCAAUAGGUACUUCACGCGAGUUUGAUCAAAGACCGAUCGAAUGUUGUGAUAUGGCCACCUCAACCGAGUCUCUGCCUUACAUCGGACUUUUGAGUGAACUUGAAGGCGACGAACUUUUCCUCAUACCAGAAUCUGCCUUCGAUCUUGUAUCAUCGGAACCAUCUAUUCACGAUUUUGAAGACCAUAUAGAAAUGGUGGAUGAUUACACAUCAAUGGACUAUACAUCAGAUACUGAAAUAGCCACCCAAACAUUCGUAACUACUAUUCCGCAAACACAAGAUCAUGAUCCAAAUGAACCCGAAGUGUGGAAACACUCAAAACGUAAAGAUAAGGAAGGCAAAGAGUUAGUCGAUGUAUGUACCAAUACUCAACCCAAACUGACGUUUGAAAAGGAAACAUCAACACCGAUUCGUCAUCUGUUUUCAAAGGGAACAAUGACAUUUUACAUUGCAAAAUCUGAUAAAGCUACAAGUACUUUUAGUAGUUCUCGACAAAUUGCUGAAAAUGUUUUCGGUAACAAACCAAUUCCAGAUACUGCAAACAAGUUUACAAUGACACCGAGAAUAGAAGUAACAGAUGCUAAUACUAUAACAGAUUCAACGACACUUGCGGAAGGUAAAAUGGCUGCGUGUAUUUCAAAAUUACAAAAAGUGUCUGAGAGAUUACAAAGUCCAACUCAAAAAAACAUGCCCGAUGUGCCAUGGAAAACUUCAAACGACCAGUUAUCUUCAAAAGAAAAUUUGAAUGCACAGCCGGAUACUUCUGAACAAGGACGACAAAGAAAUGUACAACAAUUAUUAACACAGUCAACUAGUGCUGGGAAAACACAAAAAAGAGACAGAAAACCACAACCGAUAACUACAUUGAAGGGAAAAACAUUAUCUCCUUCAGAUGAACCUGCAGAAAAAUCAGAAACAUCGUGUGAUGGAAACGAAAGUAUGACCUUACCUAUUGGGAGUCCCCAUGCUGGAAAUAAGAUGUCAAGAUUUAAUUCUGCUCCAGGAAAAAUUGCAACAGUGCCAAAUCAGAAAUAUAAAAGCAAACAUUCCCAACAAAAAUCUCCAAGCCGUAUUCCUGUCCACAAAGGAAGCAAUACCUCUUUGGAUAAAACGCCCGUUUUAAAUCCUAAAUUUCCGAAAGGAAAUGUGCUUUUGAAUACCUCAAUGACCUCCUCUACAGAGUCUGAAUUAACAGCGUCAGUAAUUUCGUGUCGAUCAGAAAGUUCAAAUAUUUCGACUGACGCAAAAAUGGACUUUUCCUCUCUAAAGAUUGAUCCGAAUAGAACGCCUUCUUCUCCUCAAAAGUUGCAGGAGAAGGCGGAAGGUAAUUCGGAAAAGAAACCUACACCAACUGAGAAAAAAGCGAAUUCGAAUGUUAGUUUCAUGCAGAAGCUUUUUUCAAAAAAGAAAAAGUGUCCUGACCCUGUAAAAAACCUACCCAAAACGACAGGAAGAGAACCAAAACAAUUGCCAAAAACGGAACCUGAUCCAGAAAAAGAUUCUCCGAAACCACAGAAAGCAAAACCGUUUGUUUACAUUCGACAAAGGUACAUGUCAAUUGAACACGACAAGGAAGACGAAAGUGAGACAGCAUCGGGUGGACAAACCAAGGCAACUGUUUCUCCCCAGAAAAAGGACCGUCCCACAAAGAAGGAGUCAGACAAAGAAAAGUCUACUCCAAAAUUGACCCCAAAGCGUGCAGUAUCAGGUCGGAAGUCCAGACCAAAAUCAAGGGAGAUAAAGCAAAACGAUGAAAAGAAGUCCGACGUACGUCCUCUGUCUGCAUACGAUAAUCUGUGAUAUUUUAGCAAUACAAUCUUUAAUUCAUGCUGCACUUUUAACCUUUACACAAUCCAAGGAAUGAAUCUAAUAGCUACGAUAGCGUUUAUAACAAAAUGUUAACUGUUCCAACACAUUUAUAUUCGUAUGAAUUUGGUAGCUAUCAAAUUUAUCACUUAAUAUAUAGUUUAAUUUUCAUUCAAUCUAUGCAAUCAGUCAAUUUAUACAACUAAGAUGAAUUGCGUCUUUUUCUCACGAAAAAAUGGAUUUUUUCAAAAAUCUUACCGAUAGUACUGUAUAUUAUUAUUAUAUGUCAUUGUGACAUAGGCAACAAUUAUAUGAACGCGUUUCAAAUUUAAUUUUAAGAAUUUUCGAAAAGGUAUAUCCACAACGCAAUACAAAAUUGUCUUGCAUGCAUUGCAUUUUUUUCACUAUAAUCUAGUUGUUUCUUUUCUGUCUUUGUAUUUCUUGUCACAAGUAUAACCUUCUUUAGUGAUUUUCUUUCUUUUUACUAUUUGUAGUGAAUCACUAGCAGAUAGUUUAAGCAUCAGGUAGUUGGUAGAAUCCGCCCUUCCCACAAGAGAUCCGAAUCAUCACCAUGAAGACAUCGCUGGCAUUCUGUAAAAAUCAUGUUUACUAACCCUGUUGCUAUCUGUUUAUGUUUAAUUUUUCUUGGACUGCAGGAUAUGUGUUACAUUCUCUGCGAAAAAAUCGACUACAAAUCACUGCAUUUAUAUCUUAUAUUUUGAUUGGCAUUGAAAAGUUUAUAUUAAAAGUAAAAAUAUGCAGUUCAGAAAUAAAUAUUGUAACACAUGUACAUUUAUGAAUAUGAUGAUUCGUAUUCCGUUACCUUUUAUUUUAAGCCGGCUAAUUGAUAAUGUUUAAAGGAUCAGUAAAAUUUAUCAUCUACUAUUUCGUGUACUAGUAUUAUUUUUUGUCAUGACAUUACAUAUAUUUUAGAAUAUAUACCUCUUAAAACAUCAUGUUAUUUUAAUAUAUAGUGGAAAUUUUUUUCACAAUAAUUAAUUUGUUUUGUUCAGAUAUAGAAUUCACAAACUGAAUUGCAGAAAAUAAAACACAAAAAAAAUUGA